UUCACUUACCCUGCCUCUUUCUCGAUGUCAAGGAUAGGAUCACUAGAGCAAAUCCCUGGAUUGUUACUACAAAACACUCUAGUUAACACAAUCCCAAAGAAAGAGAAAUGGUUGGGAUUCUUGUUUAUGUUCUCAUUUUUGUUCUUAGUCUGCUGUUGUUUAUCACCAAAAGAAAAGGCAUGAAGGAACUCUAUAAAAGAGUUGAGCUUCCUCCAGGUUCAAUGGGUUGGCCUUACAUUGGAGAGACUCUUCAACUAUACUCUCGAGACCCAAAUGUAUUCUUUGCAGACAAACAGAAGAGAUAUGGAGAAAUCUUCAAGAGCCAUAUUCUGGGUUGCCCUUGUGUCAUGCUGGCCAGCCCUGAGGCAGCUCGGUUUGUGCUUGUGACCCAAGCUCAAUUGUUCAAGCCAACGUAUCCCAAAAGCAAGGAACAUCUAAUCGGCCCAUCAGCCCUCUUUUUUCACCAAGGAGAUUACCAUAUGCGUCUAAGGAAGUUGGUUCAGGGCUCCUUGUCUCUGGAUGCACUUCGAAACUUGGUUGUCGAUAUUUCAGCCCUAGCAGCCUCCGCCUUGGACUCGUGGAUUGGCGGACAUGUUAUAAAUACCUUUCAGGAAUUGAAAAAGUUUUCUUUUGAAGUUGGUAUUCUGGCAAUUUUUGGGCAUUUGGAGAUCCAUUAUAAAGAAGAAUUGAAAAAGAACUACAGGAUAGUUGAUAAAGGCUACAAUUCCUUUCCAACAAGCCUUCCCGGAACUACUUACAGAAAGGCACAGACGGCGAGAGAGAGGCUAAGCAAGAUUCUCAGUGACAUUAUCAGCGAAAGAAAGGAGAAAAGAUUACUUGAAAAGGAUCUUUUGGGUUGUCUACUGAACUCAAAAGAUGAGAAAGGACAGGUCUUAACAGAUGAUCAAAUCGCCGAUAACAUUAUCGGAGUUCUUUUUGCAGCUCAGGACACCACAGCCAGUUCCUUGACAUGGAUUGUCAAAUACCUCCAUGACAAUCCGAAACUUCUAGAGGCUGUAAAGGCUGAACAGAAGGAGAUUUACAAAAUGAAUGGUGAAGGUAGUCAGCCAUUGAGUUGGAAUCAAACUAGAAACAUGCCCUUUACUUCCAAGAUUGUUUUAGAGAGCCUGAGAAUGGCAAGCAUUAUAUCCUUUACUUUUAGAGAAGCAGUGGCUGAUGUGGAAUACAAUGGGUACCUGAUUCCCAAAGGUUGGAAGGUGAUGCCUUUAUUCAGGAACAUUCAUCACAAUCCAGAAUAUUUUAGUGAUCCUCAUAAUUUUGAUCCCUCAAGAUUUGAGGUUGCACCAAAACCCAAUACAUUUGUGCCAUUUGGGAGUGGAGUUCAUGUUUGCCCUGGAAAUGAGUUUGCCAAGUUGGAAAUGCUUAUCAUUACCCACCAUUUAACCACCAAGUUCAGGUGGGAAGUGGUAGGAUCUCAAAAUGAGAUUCAGUAUGGCCCAUUCCCAGUGCCUUUGAAUGGACUUCCAGCCAGAUUUUGGAAGGCUCAAGAUAAUUAAUAAGCUGAGAUGCCAUGCCAUCACCUUCUUUUAAACAAAUAUGAUUGUAUUUCAUUUUCAAAAAAAUAAUGAUUGUAUUUCUUUUCUGCUAUGCAUUUUUAGUUUUUGCCACUUAGGGUCAAGCAAUCCCCAAAUCACAACUCAUAUGUGGAUGCUUAGAUUUUUUUUUUUUUACUACUCUCCAUUUUAGUCUUAUCCCAUCAUGAUUAUUCAACCCUUUCUUUAUUUUGUAUCUUUUACAUUGAUCUAUAAUAUGUAAUAUUUUCAAAGGAUUAUAAUGGAGCAAGAAUCAAUCUAAUUUCCUAGCAAGAA